UCCUUCUCUUCCACCGAGCCCCGGAGAACACUGACAGUCUGUGGACUUAAGGAAUCAUGGCAUCAGAACAUCAGAGGCAACGCUCUCUGUCCACCGCUGGAGACUCUCUCUACCUCGUGUUGGGAGUCGAAAAAGUCGCCACAUCCGAUGACAUCAAGAGAUCUUACAGGAAGCUGGCGCUGAAGUUCCACCCCGACAAGAAUCCCGACAAUCCAGAAGCGGCAGAUAAGUUCAAGGAGAUAAACAGCGCCCACGCGAUUCUCAACGAUCCCACCAAGCGUAACAUCUACGACAAGUACGGCUCCCUGGGCCUGUACGUGGCCGAGCAGUUCGGAGAAGAGAACGUUAACACCUACUUCGUCCUCUCCAGCUGGUGGGCGAAGGCUCUGUUCGUGUUCUGCGGCCUGGCCACCGGCUGCUACUUCUGCUGCUGCCUGUGCUGCUGCUGCAACUGCUGCUGUGGAAAAUGUAAACCCCGGCCUCGGGAGGGCCAGGACCAGGAGUUCUACGUGUCCCCAGAGGACCUGGAGGCCCAGCUGCAGACUGACGAGAGAGAGGCUGGCGUGGAUCCCAUCGUGCUGCAGCCGUCGGCAACAGAGACGACCCAGCUAACGGCGGACGGGCACCACUCCUACCACACCGACACCGGCUUCAACUAA